AUGAAUGACAGCGAGGCGUGGGAGGCUCGGCGGCGGUCCGUCCUCGGCACCGAUGGCCCGUCGGCGUCCGAGGGUGCCCGGAUGCGCCGGUCGCGGUCCUGGCGCGAGCCCGGCGCCUCCACCGGGUACGUCCCGGCCGUCAACGACAGCGAUCACUGGGAGAAUACGCGGAGGACCGUGCGAGGAGAGGCGGUGCAGCCACCGGUUGUGCGCGCUCAGACCACGCGCCAUUCGCUCGCCGCGCGCGAUCUGGACGCGGGCGGCCCGUCCGCGGCUCGCGGCAGGCAGCCGACAACCUUUCUGCAGCAGGACGAGGCGGGGCAGGAGCGGCAAGCACGGGUGGUGCGACGCGGGCGGUUUCGAAAGUUCCGGCUGCUCAUCCUCUUCAUGUCGCUCCUCGGGAUUGGCUUUCUCUUCGCCACUCCGCGCGGCGGGGUGAGCGGAUUUGGGCGCCGCUCCAACCAGUACGUGCAGCACAUCGUCGAAAAGGGGAAGUCGUGGACGGCGACGCAGCUGGAGUUCGUGCAGCGAUGGCAGUACGGGAUGCAGCUCUUCGACCUCUACUCCGCCGUGCGCGUGGUGACGCACGAGGAGGAGCCCGAGAAGAGGGCGCACAGCCGCAACCUGGGCAAGCUCGGCAGCGUCCCCUGGCUACACGGCGGCGCGUUCGAGCUGUACGACGCCCGCAAGACGCUCCUCCACCACAGCGUGCGGGAGGGGGGGGCGGAGCCCGAGAAGAAGGAGAAGCACGGCGGUGAGCACCUCUUCUCGAGCUCGCUGUGGCAGUCCGUCUCGAAGCUCGCCAAGAAGGGGCGGCUGCAGGGCGCCGACGACACGCGGUGGGAGUUGCUCAACCGGGCGAGUCAAGGCGGCGGCGUCUACGUCGGCGCGCUGUCUGCGCGCACCUUCCGGUCUAGCGACGCGACGGCGCUGCGCGCAGAGAUGCUGCCGCCUGGCCCUCCGCCAGACGGGCCGCGCCGCGGGGUCAGCGGCGUCGAGCUCGCGAGAGUGCGGCUGCGCGCGCCCGGCCGGCUUGGCGUCGACGGCGCGGACGACUGGAUGGGAGGGGCGCGGUUUAUUGUCAUCGACCCGGAGACGGGCGCCCCCGCGCACGGCUCGGACUAG